GCAAGAGGACAGAGUGAGAGAUAUGAGUCUGAAUAUUACUGCAGGAAGUUUUCAAGGAGUUUGAUUAAGUCAGGGAAAAGGGAACAAACUUCUGGAAAUGUGCGUCAGAAAGUGAGGAAUAAGUAAGACUAAAGCCUGUGCUAGCAAUUGAGGCCGGACGACUUUAUUUGCGGUGCUAACUGGAUACCACUUGCACUCCUUUCUCAUUGCACUAAAUACAAGUGAACCUCAAAGAGAACAUUGCACUGCCUUUUGACUAGCAAACAAGAAUGCAAGCCUUAGAAAUGUUCCAUUUCGUGCACAUCUCACUUGUGGUUUACAGCAGCUUAUACCCGUUGUGCAAUGCUCAGUAUGAAUCCUAUCCGUAUUACCCAGAAUACUAUGGCAUGCAUCAUACAGAAUACGUGGAACCAGUUCAGCAGCCGCGGAGACCCCAGGCAGUGCCAAAAAUUCUGUUACGACUUGAAGGGCUGAAACGAAAGCACAAUGAAGGGCGAGUUGAGGUGUUCUAUGAAGGGGAAUGGGGCACGGUCUGUGAUGAUGAUUUUUCAAUGCAAAAUGCUCAUGUGGUUUGCAGAGAACUGGGUUACGUGGAGGCAGUUUCCUGGGUUCCGUCGGGCAAAUACGGAAAAGGAGAAGGUCGGAUCUGGUUAGAUAAUGUUCAUUGCACAGGAAAUGAAGCAACCCUUGCUGCAUGCACGUCAAAUGGAUGGGGCGUUACAGACUGCAAACACUCGGAAGAUGUGGGAGUGGUUUGUAGUUCAAAGAGAAUCCCUGGAUUCAGAUUAAUGAAUGCAGAGGACAAUCUAAUAGAGAAUCUUAACAUUCAGAUAGAAGACAUGAGAAUUAAGCCGAUGCUGUCUGCUUUCCGAAAAAGGAUUCCAGUAACUGAAGGUUUUGUUGAGGUGAAAGAAGGUGGGAAAUGGAAGCAGUUAUGUAGUGUUGGCUGGACAGCGAAGGACAGCCGUGUUAUCUGUGGAAUGUUUGGCUUCCCCAGUGAAAAGACAUUUAAUGCCAAAGUCUACAAGAUGAUUGCAGGCAGAAGAAAGCUUGCUUAUUGGCCAUAUUCCGUUAACUGCACUGGGAAUGAGGUUCACUUCUCCAGCUGUGCUGUUGGAAAACACAAUUUAAAUGAAAACAAAACAUGUGGAAAUGGUAUGCCUGUUGUGGUGAGCUGUAUACCAGGCCCCGACUUUGCACCAACACCCAUGAUGGGUUUCAGGAAAGCUUACAGACAUGCGCAACCACUGGUGAGGCUACGAGGUGGUGCAAACGUUGGAGAAGGCAGAGUGGAAGUGCUGAAAAAUGGGGAAUGGGGAACCAUUUGUGAUGACCAAUGGACUCUAAUUUCAGCAUCUGUGGUGUGUAGAGAGUUGGGCUUUGGAAGUGCUAAGGAAGCUGUUACAGGUGCACGACUUGGACAGGGGAUAGGACCAGUUCACAUGAAUGAGGUGUCCUGUACGGGUUUUGAAAAAUCCAUCACUGACUGCAGGUUCAACGUGGAGUCCCAAGUAUGUGAGCAUAUCGAAGAUGCAGGUGUGAAGUGCAAUGUCCCAGCGAUGGAUUUCAAAAAGCAGAUUCGUUUGGUUGGAGGCCGUACACCAAUGGAAGGUCGAAUUGAAAUCCUAAUGCAGAGGAAUGGCACUAUGAAGUGGGGUACAAUCUGUGGAGAGACCUGGGGUACAGUAGAAGCUAUGGUGGCCUGCCGACAGCUAGGGAUGGGCUUUGCCAGUCAUGCAUUCCAGGAAACGUGGUACUGGCCAGGAGAUGUCACUGCUGAUGAUGUCAUCAUGAGUGGAGUGAAAUGUUCGGGAACUGAAAUGUCAUUAUUCCACUGCCGUCAUGAUGGCAAUUUCCUUAGCUGUCCCCGAGGAGGAGGACGCUUUGCUGCAGGAGUGUCCUGCAUGGAUGCUGCUCCAGACCUUGUCCUAAACCAUGAGCUGGUAGAGCAAACAUCCUACUUGGAGGAUCGACCAUUGCUCUUGCUACAAUGUGCAAUGGAAGAAAACUGUCUGGCGAGCUCAGUGAGUAACAUGCCUCAGGGUAAUGGGUAUCGGCGACUGUUACGAUUUACCUCCCAAAUCCACAAUAAUGGUCAAGCUGAUUUCCGACCGAAGAACGGCAGACAUGCCUGGGAGUGGCAUGCAUGUCACAGGCAUUACCACAGCAUGGAAGUAUUUACAUACUAUGAUCUGUUGAGCCUUAAUGGAACAAAGGUAGCUGAAGGUCAUAAAGCCAGCUUCUGCCUGGAAGAUUCAGAAUGCGAAGGAGAAAUUCAAAAGCGAUAUGAAUGUGCCAAUUUUGGUGAGCAAGGAAUUUCAAUGGGAUGCUGGGAUGUUUACCGUCAUGACAUUGACUGUCAGUGGGUAGAUAUUACCGAUGUCUCACCUGGAGAUUACAUAUUUCAGGUGGUCAUCAAUCCUAAUAAUGAAGUUGCAGAGUCUGAUUUCACAAAUAACGUAAUGAAGUGCAAGUGUCGAUAUGAUGGUCAUCGCAUCUGGAUGUAUAAUUGCCAUAUAGGUGGCUCAUUCAGCGAUGAAGUGGAAGAAAGGUUCGACCAUUUUUCUGGACUCCUCAACAACCGCUUAACUGCAUGAUAAAAGAAAGAGAAUGCAGUGAAAAAUAUUUUCACAGGCAUGGAAGCUUUUUUGUAAAAAGAUUCAGACCUCCAAAAAUAUAUUUAAAAACUAUACAUAAAAAGAGACAAACAGUGCUGCAAAAGUGACCCAUCGAUACAACCCACUACUUAUUUAUGCAAAUACUUAUAACCUUGGUGCUCUGUGUUCUAUUACACCUUGCUUUCAAAGCCAUUUACUGGUCAUUUUGACAAAAUAAUCAUGAGGAUGGAUUUCACUUUUGUCAAGCAAUAAUUACAGGUUUCACACCUGCUUGUGUUUUAACCUAACCACGUCAACCACCACUGUGCUGUUUGGGGGAAUGUACUGGAUAAAGUAGUCAUCAGUACCUUACUUAGCAGUCAAGACAACUGAUCAUCUGAACUUCUUAUGCACAUUUUCAUCAUCAAGGCAAAGCAUGCAGCACGGCACAGAGAAACUUCUAGAUACACUGAGCAAUAACAGGUGGGACACACGUUUGUGCUGCUAAAGGCUGAUGCAAAGAAUUACAGAAUGUUAACCACUUUACAUUUUGAAAGGCUACAGCUUCUUUGGAUUCAAAGUUUAUGAAUGUGUAGCUAGAUACAAGUUAAAAUAAAUAAUAUGUUUUCUGGGGUCAUCAAACUACAAAUAACAAUAUACUACUGGCUAUCAUACUGAAAACCUGUGCAGGCAAUCAGUUUUAAUUUAGGAAUAUUGAUAUCAGUAGUACAAAGUGGUUCAUUUUUACUACAUCUGCUAAUGCAGGCCUUCUUGAAAGAGAAUUACUGAAUUAAACAUUCUGAAUAUCAUCAUAAAAGAUUAUUUUACUGUAUUACUGACAUUUCUCUGAUGCUCUGAAUGCUGCAAACUCAAAAGUACAAGGGAUUUACAAUUCACUGAAGGAUAGACAGCACCCAUUUCAGGCUAACCACAAUCCUAUCAUUUCACAACAAAACAAAGACUAGGGAAAGCUCCUGGAACUUGGAUUACGUUCCAUACGUAUCUCAAACAAUCUAAGGGCAGCUGCUACAAACUGAGAUGUAUAAUGCUAUUUAUAAGGUGCAUGUUUAGUGCAGUGUUUUACAGACACAACUGUAGUCCCAUCAAAGGUGAACUGUGUUCCAGAUACAGAGGUCAUAACCACUAAAAGUAAUGGGUUUUCUUUAGGUGGACAAACAGUCCCUGCUUUGACAUUUCUCUUUCAAACAUUUAACAAGGAUCUGAAAAUAAAAAAAAAAAAAGUUUAUAUAUGCAUUCUGCUAUACUUUUACAGUGGCCCAAGAAGUACAAAGUUCCAGUCUCCUACUCAAGAGUCUGUCUUGAGAUUGUCACUGCUGUGCAAGAUGUAAAUCAGAGUUGGUGCAAUAAGUACAAUAUUACACACUACUUUACACACUACAAAAUCAUGGAGCUGACAAGGAAAAUCAGAAAACCUACUUUGCAACAAAGGCAGAACAAUUACGUUUCUGCAGUUAACACUACACAGCAAAAUAAUGAUUCACCCUACUUUCAGAUCAGUGCUACAAAUUUCUGCAUGGACUUGACAAAUGUAUACUCUGGUCUAGCAGCAGAUGGGUAACCAAUUUGAAAGUCAUCCUGAGACUAGUAAUGUUCAUCAGCUUAAAAUAAUCAAGCAGUAUCUAUCUCUAUAAAUUAAAAUUUGCAGUAAAACUAUAUUACUAAUUCCAAUAUGGUCAGAAACACAGUGCUGGAAUAAGUCAGAAUUGUUUAAAACCUAUGCCUACUGACAUACUAAAGAAAGGUGAAUCACUACAACAGGGAACACUUGGGACUCUAAAAUGAAUCAGUUGUUCAGUGAAAAUUUCCAGCUGCUUGCUUUUGGUUUGCUACCUCUAAACUAUGAUGGACAUGAAUAAGCUAGCCAGUGUCACCUUCUGGUCAUCAAAUCUUAUUACCUUAAUGUUAGAGCAUUUAUUUCCCAUCAAUGACGGCAUUUUCUGAAUGUGCCCAAAAGUUGAGAGAACAGACUUGUAGAUAAAGCUUUCAUUUUAGUCGGGCAGAACUUUCUUCUCCACCAGCAUCUCUCUACAUGACAUACUAGAGAAUACCACAGAUAUUUUCUUGUGAAAUGCACUUCAACUAAAACAGUUACUUAAAACCUGCCUGCUAGAAAACAUUUUAAUAACCCUUUCCAAAAUACCUACAUGAUCAACAAUGCUCCCACUUGACCCUGAACUAAACGAUCACCCAAAUAUAAGUAAAGAUGGAUUCUGUCACAAGCAUCUGUUUGGUUUAGAAAAUCCUCCACCUUCUCUAGAGUGCAACGUAUAAAAAAGACAGUAGAGGAACAGCUCUUACUGAAGUAUAUAGGAAAUGUUUUUCAUAGAGAUUUUAUCAACACCUGAAAAACUCUGAAGCAAUGUGCCAUUUCAUAAUUUAAAGACUCUGCAAGUUAUAGGUGUGAAGUUCAGUACAUCAGAGAAGCCUACGACACACUUAAAAUGGAUGGUAGUUUAUGUUCCCUUGCUUAAACAUCCAUUAACAGCCAAUUUUACCCCUGCUAAAAGAUAAGGGAGGUAGGAGAUGGGGACAGUCUUAUGCUCCCUUAAACAUCCACUGACAGCCAAUCCUACCCCUGCUAAAAGAUCAGGGAGGUAAGAGUUGGGGUGGGGAUUGUCAUCACUCAACAGCAAAGACUGAUAUUAUUCCUCCUCCAUUUAGUAGACAAAAUUACUCUUACACGGGA